AUGGCAGCCCAAAGGGACUCGAAACGCUCGUCGAUCGACGUCAAGGUUGGAGUUGAGUUCGAAGAAACCGCUCCUGUCCGCGACCCUCUCCUUGAACAAUAUGAACUCAUCCGGGACAAGACGCCAGAGGAGCUCAAAGCUCUUGACAAAUCAGUCGUUUCGAAACUAGACUGGAGGUUUCUGCCCAUGGUCUGCGCCAUGCUUAUGAUGAACUACCUUGAUCGCAUCAACGUCUCCAACGCCCGUUUGGCCGGUAUGCAAGACGACCUACACAUGACCGAUACCAUGUGGUCGGCCGGUAUUUCAAUGUUCUAUGUCGGUUAUAUCAUCUCACAGGUCCCUGCCAACGUGAUUAUCGCCAAGGGCAAGCCAAGGAUCUUACUGCCAUGUUGUAUGUUGGGUUGGUCUGCCGUCACAAUCUGCAUGCCUGCCGUUACGGCCGGCUGGGGGUUCAUGCUCUGUCGUUUCCUUGUCGGGCUCACUGAAGGACCGUUCGUCCCUGCGGUGUCUCUUAUGACCUCGUCGUGGUACACGAAGAAUGAGUCCCCUCUUCGUAUGGGUAUAUGGCACGCCGGCAACACCAUAUCCCAGGCGAUUUCUGGUCUCCUCGCCGCUGGCAUCCUUCAGAACAUGGAUAACAUAGCCGGCUUGUCUGCUUGGCAGUGGUUUCUCUUGCUGGAAGCUAUUGCUAGCUUCUGGUUCAUCCCCAACUUUCCCGAGUCCACUGGUACAUAUUUCUUCACUGCUGAGGAAUCGCAAAUGGCGCAGUACAGACAGACUGUGUCUGCUGGAGGCCGAUCCGAAGACGAUGAAGGUGACUACUGGGGAGGUGUAUGGAUGGCUCUUAGAGACCCAUUUACCUACCUCUUCUCGGCUAUCCAUUUCUUUCUCAUCAUCGCACAGUCUUACAAGGACUUUUUCCCUUCUAUCCUCGCCACCCUUGGCUUCGGUGAAACCACCACAUAUCUUAUUCAAGCCCCACCGCCCAUUAUUGCUUUUCUAGCCACAUUAGCGAUUUCUUGGUCUUCCGGACGCAUGCUGGAGCAUGGUUAUCACAUCAUAGUGCCUAUCCUCGCAACUCUUGUUGGUUGCGUAGUAAUGAUAACGACUCUCAACGUCGGCGCUCGUUACUUUUCUAUGAUAUUGCUGGUCACCGGUCCUUUCGUGGGUCUGAAUAUUUCAUGGGAAACCACUGUGGUACCACGUCCGCGCACCAAGCGAGCGGCUCUGAUCGCCAUUGCCAACUGCGUAUCUUCAGUUUCCCACUGGUUCACGCCGUAUUUUUUCCUGCGCAACCAAGAACCUUACUACCAGACUGGAGGUGGAGCUAUCAUUGUUGGUUGCGGCUUGACAGUCAUCUUUGUUUUGAUCGCGAAGUGGUACUGCCGUAAGAAGAACAAGCAGUUGGAGGAGCAGGAAAGACUUGCGGGUGAACCCAAGGGAUGGAGGUACGCUUCAUAA